GCUCACAGUUUUAGCCGCAUUGCCUACAGUUUUUACACACAGAAAGCACCUCAUUUGUGUUUUAUUUUUUAGUGUAAUUAUUAAUAAAAUCAAACGAUUAGCAUAGUGUUUAACGGGUUGCUAGUGAAGCCAAUUGAGCGCUGCAGCAAUAAAAUAAAAUGGGCGAACAACCGAUUUUCACUUGCCAAGCGCAUGUGUUUCACAUUGAUCCAAAGACGAAACGCACAUGGAUCACGGCGAGCAUGAAAGCGGUCAACGUGAGCUUCUUCUACGACAGCUCACGGAAUCUGUAUCGCAUCAUCAGCGUCGAGGGCACCAAGGCUGUUAUCAAUUCAACGAUUACGCCUAGCAUGACAUUCACACAGACCUCGCAAAAGUUUGGCCAAUGGAGUGAUGUGCGCGCAAACACUGUCUAUGGAUUGGGCUUCUCCUCCGAAGCGGAGCUCACUAAGUUUGUGGAGAAAUUCCAAGAGGUUAAAGAGGCCACGAAGAAUGCUAUGAAAUCGGCGAAUGGCUCCAAUGCUGUUACGCCCACAACAUCGGCGAAUACAUCUCCGAUUUCUGGACGUGCUGUCGGCGCCAUGCAAAAUGAUAACACAGCCAUCGAUCCACAUACGGUUGAACCUCCCAAUUUGAGUAAUACGAACACACAGAACGCCAAUCCGGAUAGUCCGUCGCACAAGUUGCUCAACACUUGUGAUGGCAAGCAGGAUAUUGGUUCGGCCACGCCCUCGCCACAGCCCACCAUGGGCACAGCAAAUGCUGCAGUUGCUGGUGGCGGCGGUGGUGGAGGAGGUGGCAUCACAAUCUCAUCGGGUGGCAGCAUUGUGGGCAUGCACACUGGUCCAGGAGCGGGUGCUACGGCUGAGCAGCAGCUCAAAUAUGAAAACGAACGCCUGAAAAUGGCCCUGGCGCAAAGCUGCGCUAAUGCCAAGAAGUGGGAAAUUGAGUUGGCCACCUUGAAGAACAAUAACAUACGCCUGACGAGCGCUUUGCAGGAAUCCACGGCCAAUGUGGAUGAAUGGAAGCGUCAACUGCAUACUUACAAGGAGGAGAAUAUACGUCUUAAGCGCGAAAUGGAUCUGCUGCGAGUGGGUGGAGCUGCUGGUGGUGCCUCAGGCGCUGCUGGUGGGGCUACUGAGGAUGAGCUGCGUCGAGAGGUGGCCGCUCUCAAGGCGCGUACAGAGACGCUUCAAGCGGAGCUUCUUCAGCAUGAACUAGAGCUUAAAACAGCCAAUAUGAAUUUACGUGAAAAAUGCAAUGAUCAAACUCUGGCCAAGAUGAGUGAACUGAAUGUGCUGUUUGCCAAAAGUUUGUCGGAACUUUAUGCGGUGCAAAAGGAUAUGGAGAAUGUUAUACAUCCCGCCAAGUGCACUUGAGACACAGAGUCGGGUGUAAACAGAAAGGUUUCAGCGCAGGAACAGACUACAAUGGCAACCACUACAACGACAUCAUCGACAACAACCACAACUAGUAAACGUUAUUUAAGCAAUUUUCUAACGGCUGAGGCAGAGAGCACUCUCUCCAAUGUCACCUCUAUACACACUCAGCUGCAGUCGUCGCUCUACGAGACACAGAACUCAGCACAGCUGCAGGCACUGGAUAAACAUUCGGCCCUGUUGCAGGAGCUACAUCAGCGCCAGUUGAUGCAGUCUGUCGUCGUGAUGCCAAGACCCAGCACAUCGGUCACUGAUGCAGCUGCUGCUGCCGCUUCCAGUGGCGCUGCUGUAGCUGCUGCUGGCACCAAAACUGCCACCAUACUCGUUUCCAAAUCAAAAACCAAAACUGGGCUGCCCCUGCUGCUGAAGAAUUCCAUUAACAAUUAGGCAAAAUUCAUAAGCAGACGACACUUAGCAUUUUCUUUUUGUAAUCUUUAUAUUUGGUAGUAGUUUUACAAGAACAAACACAAAACGAAACGAAACACAUCGCAAC